AUGGAAAUGGCUAUGAAGGAUACGAGGUGUACAAGACUGAUCGGUGAUGUAGAAUAUCAGCCAAGAAAUGACACCAACAAGCAAGUCUGGUCAAGAGUCAAAAAAGUCCAUGGCACCGUUCUCAUUGAUGGAGUGACUGAGGAAUACUUAGGAAUACCAAAAGGUCUCGUCGUUCAAGGAUGGGCACCUAGAGUCGUGAGAAUCACUAACAAUCAUAUUCUGAGGAAUAUUGAUGCUCUACUACACAUAGAAGUGUAUGGUCCUGAGCCGUGGUUCUGGUUCCAGAAUAAUUCAAAGUUCUGUCGUAGUGAUCUGAGGGAGGAAAUUGAAGCAAGAAUAAGUGGAACUAUAGAAUGGGAUGAGACGUGCGAUUCUGCAUCCACUCAGUAUGACACCACAGAAAAUACUACAACAACGACAUCGAUCUCCGUUGGAAGUACCGCGACGACGACAGCAAUUCUCAUUGAAAGUACCUUAACGACAGUGUCUCCAACAGCAGGAACCAUAGAAGGAACCGAAACAACCAUCAGAGGGGGUGGACUUGACUACCAUGAAUACGUUGAAAUCGAACAAGGAACGGGAUCUAGCUUCAUUGGAAUAGAGCAUCGAAAACCCUGUGAUGAGUCUCUUUCCAUACUUUUCCGGAAAUGGGAAUGGGAAUUAGAGACACCUCACUGCGAAAUUUUAAAAUCACUGUCACGAGGAUAUUAUAGUAAUCAAGUAUACCAGGUUUAUGACGACGUAAUACCCGUAAUAGAGGGUGAGACCCCUGUUUACGAAGAAUCAUCUCAACGGACUCCCGAUGCUCACGCAAAUGAAGACAAGAAAUCGGCCGAAGACUCACAAAGUAACGAUGCAAUUGACACCAAGGGAGCCAAAGUCAUAGCGGCUCCCAGCGAUAAGCGUGCAAAAUCGGCGUCGACGUGA